GAGAGAGAGUGGAGGGAUGGGAACCGGCGACCGCUUCACGCGGUAGUUGUGAAUAUGAUCACGUCUUGUGGCACUAUUCUAUGGCUUUGGAAAAUUUUCUCUUCUUUGGAUUUAUAGCAUCAUGUCCGAACAUUCUCCUUUCGCGGAGUGUGGAGAUUUAAGGCCCCGCCAAGGGUCAUUUCUAGCCAGGAAAAAAACUUGGAAAGAUCUACAAAUUGCCGUGAAACAGACCAAGUCCGUUCAACAGAACCUUGUAAACCGAGUGCCUCAUUCAUUCACGUUUUGUGAUAACAAGCUUUAUUUUCUCGCUGUUCCUUUUGGGAGUCGCGAGAACACAGUUCAUUAUGUGGAUCUUCCAUCUGAACACCUAAACAAAGAAAAGACAAACGAUUUUAUGCCGCUCUCAUGGAAACCUCUUCUAGACUCCUUUAGAAUAAGUCGUUCGUUUUCGGGAUAUUCGAGAGAAGAACAGCUACUCCGAGAAAGAAAACGUUUAGGUGCAUUUGGUAUCACUUCGUACGAUUUCGACGCAACUUCAAGGCGGUUUAUGUUUGCGGCAUCCAGUAGUUUGUAUACGUGCACAGAUUGGCGAAUCGAUGAAGAGGUAAGAAACCACCAGCUAAUCACAGUAAGGAGCUUUUAAAGCAAAAAUGAGAGUGAGAUGUGUCCGUGAUUGAGAUGGCGUGAAACAUACAGUUACACCGUGUCAACUGCUAAUUGAAUUACAGUUAACUGUUGGGAUGAUUAUUAUCUUAUCAUCAUUUGUCAUUGGCUAAUGAGAAGCAAUUGAACCUGUCUAGUUUCAUCGUAAACCAAUUUAAUUUGUUGAAGCUGUUGUUUGUAUUUUUUGUCAGUGAUCUUCAUUACUCUGUUGGUUGGUUUUCUAUCUAAAAGAGUCCAUUGAUCUUUUUACAUUCAUUAUGGUUUGCAAUGCACCUAUCAAUGUUAAUGUGGAGCGGGGGAGGGGGGUGGGGAGGGCAAAGGCCAGGGAUUUAAACUUGAAGCAAUUUUUUGGGUCAAAUGCCCUACCCCAGGGACAUCGUAUUUGGUCAAAAGCGGACGAAUUCCCCACCACUCCAACCAAGAAUAGAGGUCAAAUGGGUUUCAUUGAAAUUAGCAGCAUACAUGUACCAACAUUCUGAAAAGGCCUCAUUCAUUUAUUGUAACAAUAAUAUUGUCUUUAAAUAAACAGGCUCAAUAGUUUUGUCAACUUACUUUUAUAGAAGUAUAACAGAAUGCAAUCUUUCUUAACCUUAUGCAGCAAGACCUCUAAAACUGUAUGGCACGAUGUUUUCCAUUUUAUUAGCCCCAAAUAUAACUAGCCAAUACACUUUGCUGCAUUGUGAACUUUAAUAACUGUGAAACCAGUGGUAGAGUUUUGUUUUUCACAGCCUUUCAACUUUUCAUUUGCAUAGUUGGAUGUAUUGAUUUGAAUCAGAAUAGACAGGAUAAAAAUAGAUAUCUUGUCACGUCCUAAUUAGCCGCUAUCUUGCACAUGAGUAUAAAAUGUACUCACAGAUCCUUGUGAGAACAAUGGCCGCCAUCUUUGGUCACCAAUACCCCUGAUAAUGCAACUGGUAACCGACUGGUAACCAGGUCUUCCCAAGAUGGUGUCAACAAUGAGUGGAAAUUCAAAAGUUUCCAUCCUUGGGACUUGGUGAUGAUCAAAAGUUCCCACCACAGGCCGGCUUUCUUUAUCAAAUCUUCGCCCUUCACUCGACCUCCCUUCCCCCUUCCAGAUUAAACAUUGAUAGGUGCAUAAGCUGCCCAUAGGUUUUUAGUUAUUCAGCUGUUACCAGGAAGUUGAAGAAUUCAUUAACCACAUUCCCAGCUUUAACCUUCAUCUAAUAAUUUAUUGUGCACGCUUUGUGACAAAAGUGAAAAGAAAAAAUUCACUAAAAAUCACAAAUUCGUUGUUUGUAUAAAUUGCCAAAAUAUUACCAUUGCAGGGUCAUACAUAGGACCUUGUCUGACACAUUUAAAUAACACUAUUUAAAGUCUCCAUGUUGGACUGCAGAACUGAAGGGAUGCAUAUAAAUCUAGCCUUGUUUUUUAUCUUGGUGACCACUACCAACUUAACUGUUUGUUUCUAAAUUUGUUAGAAACAGCUGUGAUGUACAAGUCUUACACGUCAUCACCUCAUGCAAUCCAGGUAUAAGGUAGACUUAACAAGGUCUGCCAUCUGUAAAAUCCCCUGCAAUAUAUGUGUGUCAUGCACCCACAGAUCAAAAUAUCAGUCACUCUUGACAGGACAAUUUCACACACUUUUGGAUUAAUGUCUUGUUCAGUAUAAACCUUUAGAAUAAAAAAUGAAUUCAAUUUCCAUCCAAAAUAUUCUAGUGAAUGGCAGUAAAUGUCUUGUUUGAGUCCUAAGUAUCAAACUUAGAUGUGGUGUUUCAGUUCAAGGAACAGGACACCAACUUGUGGUUGUAUGGUGUGACACAUUAGUAAUGUAUUAACAUUCACAUGAGUUCUCAUCUGUCAUGGUUUGGGUACAUUCUACAACCUUUGGAAAUCAAAGGAGUCUUUGUUUAUGUUCAGAAGUUGUCAGAAUGUCUUUGGCACUGUUUGGAAGUCGUCAGAUUUUUUCAGAAAUUUAGGUAUAAAAGUAGCAUGCCUUUGAUUUUGGAAAAGUCGGCGGGUAUACUAUCAUUAAUGGUUUCUGCCCAUUUAAACAGUCCCUGUCUCUUCCGUUUUGUUGAGGAUCAACUAAUAUAUAGCUGACAGAAUUUGUGAAUCACAGCCACCAUGGUGAUGCCAGUUCCAGAUCCAAGCCAAUAUCCUGGAAAAUUAAGGGCUUGAAUCUCUGACUCAGUUUCUAAACCAGUGCUGUGAGUCCAGUGGAAUUAAUUUUGUUAUUAUUCAUAAAAUGUAUAAAAUUUAUUUAUAAUACAUUUAAUGUAUUAUAUUUUUUGUAGGAUGAAAACAGACUGCCAAUUCUCCCAGAAGAGCUUCAUUCACAGACCCCAGAAACAAAGAUGGAUGCUAAACUUUGUCCUUGUGAUCCCAACUUAGUGGCUUUCAUUCAUCGUAAUGACAUUUGGAUCCAUAAUAUUAUUACAGAGGAGGAGAGAAGACUGACGUACACAAAUCAAGGCUCACCCAGUCAUAUGGAAGAGCCUGUAUCGGCUGGUGUAGCAUCUUUUAUUGUUCAAGAAGAAUUUGACAGAUAUACAGGAUAUUGGUGGCAACCAAACUUUAGCACUGACGAGAGUAUGUACUACCUUAUUAAAGCACAUUAAAACUUCAUGGAAAAGUAUAAAUCAGUUAUUUAAGAUACUUUAAUUUUAUCCAUAUUAUUUAAUGCUUAAGCAUAAAUUUCCAGUCAUAGGGUAAUACAAAAUUUGACGUUGAGUUUAUUGGAGUAAAGCAUGUGGUUGAUGACAAGUGUUAUUGACUCAAUUGGUCUUUUGCAUUUAAAUUGACUUAUUGAUCAUUCACUGACUAAUCACAGCUGACUGGUUGGUUUGCACACUAAAUGACUGGCUAGCCAAUUCAUGAGUUGAUACAAGAAAGUCAGAAAAGAGGUUCUGAAGCUGACAUUUUGAGUGCUAACCCUCCGGCCAAGCAGACAGUCCAUUCUGAGUGGCUCUAGUAAAAGGCUAGUGCUUAACAAUAUUAGCCUUUAAUCUAGUUAAGGUCGCAAAUUGACUUCAUCACCUCAGUUGAUGAAACCGAAUUUUGGUAUUUCCCUCCCCACCAACACAGCACCAAAGUUUCUUUUACAGUCAAGCGAGGUCAAGCAUACCCCGCAAGAUUCCAUUUAUAAAUUUACUAUUCGAAAGUUGAAUCAGUUGGUAGUUGUAGAUUUCAGUUUCAUCUCAGCAUUCCUACAUACGUAAUGAGCAGUGAAUUCACAUGUGAGGUAGUUAUGAGAGUUCUGCCAGCUGAGUUUUCUUGAAUUUGAUGUAAAUGUCUGAAAAAAGAAAUUUUAUCCAGUCAAAGAUUUUUCAAUCUGACCGAAUACAGAGGAGUUAUCUUGAAAAAAUCACCGCUCAUUACACAUGCAGGAAUGCAGAUUUGAAUUUGAGACUAGUUGCAGCAAUGACUAACAUAUGCAUUUUUCAAAAAAUCGAUUCAUUAGUGCAAUCUUGGCGCGUGCGCUUAGCUUGGCUUGACUGUAAAGCUAACUUCUUUCAUUGGCCAACUGAUUGACUAAUUGAUUAGUUCACUAGCUGACAGUUCUGACAUAAGUGACUGGUCAGAUGGCUUCAAAAUCAAUCAAUUUGGUUUUAAACAGGUGAUUGAUGUAAGCCUGGAUACUCUUAACGUUAUUUUUUUCUUUUCCAAGCACUAGUAGUUUUAUCUUUCAUUGACUUAUAUAAUUUUUAAUGAUUUGUUAAUAGGUUUGACAAGGACCUAUAGAAUUUUGUUUGAAGAGGUAAGCCUAGCAUAAUGUAGACUUGUAUACAUGUAACUAAGCUCCCUUCUUUGGUAGAGAAUCAGUGUCAGAACCAGUAAAUAUGAAAGUGCAUAAGUUGAGAGAUAUGAUUUUAUAAACAAUUCCUAAUAUGAAAUCAGAAAAACUUUGCACUGUUUUGCUGACCAUUCACAAGUUCUUUUGACAUUUAAACACAAUCUGCUGAACUCAAAAUUGUAAAUUGUAAUUUGUAAUUGUAAAUUGUAAUUUGUUUGUAAAUUGUAAUUGUAAUCUGUUUUACCCACGGAGCACUAAGGAGUUCAUAAGAACUCAUUGAAACGUGUCUGUGCGUUCCAGAUCGAAUUGGAAUUUGAACGUGUUGGUUUUUUAAGAGAGGGGAAAACCAGAGUACCUGGAGAAAAACCUCUCGGAGCAAGGGAGAGAACCAACAACAAACUCUCAGCAACAGCAAGAACAUGUUAUGAAUAAAAAUAAAAAUAAUAGAAUGAAUGAUUUUUAGUCAGGGUGGCCUCUGCAGCAUAAAAUGCUGAUAUCAUAGAGGGCCCUGGAAAAAAAUUAGAACAACUAGCCUAAAUAACAGCAACUAAAAAUACAAAAAAAAAAUCCAAAAAAUACAAAAGUUAAAAUACAACAAUAAUAAAAAGUCAUUUAAAAAAGCUGAAAUACAAGAAUUAAAGUACAAUUAAAAAGGUUAAAAGUAUUUUGCUUGUGAUCUAAAGAAUUCCAAAAUACAAGUGGGAAAAGUGACAACUGACACAUUGUUAUGCACAAUGCCUGAAAAAUCAGUUUUUUCCUUACAUUUAUCAGGUGGAUGAAAGCGCAGUAGAGGUUCUUCAUAUUGUCUCUGGCCCUGACAGUAUGGCACGUAACAGUCAUGUGGAUAGCUAUAGGUACCCUAAAGCAGGUAUUGAUUGCUUCUCUGAUCUUUCAUAACAGUUUCUCAAUAACCCACGUAGCACAAAUAGAACAUUAUAUGUAUACCACCUACAGUAAUAUACCAUAAAGUUCCCAAAGUAACCACCCUUGAAACUAGCAAUAAACUUUCACACUGUGUUACAGUCAAACCAUGUCAAGUGUACCCCCCAAGAAUCCAUUAAUGACAUUAUUAUUUAAAAGUUGAAUCCGUUGCUGGUUGUAGAUUUCAGAUUGAUCUCUGCAUUCUUGAAUGUGUAAUGAGCUGUUUAUUCACACGCCAGGCAGUUAUGAAAUUUCUACCAGCUCCAUUUUCCUGAAAUUGAUGUAAAUGUCUUCUAAGAAGCUUAAUCUAUUCAAAGAUUUCCAAUCUGACCAAAUACAGAGAAGUUCUCGUAAAAUAUUCACUGCUCAUUACGCAUGCAGAAGUGCCGCUUUGAAUUUGACACCAGUUACGGGAACGACUAACGGAUUCAUUUUUCAAAUAAUCAAUUCACUGAUAGAAUCUUGGGGGGUACGCUUGACUUGGUUUGACUGUAACAAAUGCCAAAAGUAGCGACCCUCCAAAAAUAACGACCCUCCAAAAGUAGCGACUUCAAAAGUGAUUUCCCUUCUUGCUAGAAAUGACAAAAGUUACAGUUACAACAAACUUUACCAAACUUAUCCGAGAUUUAUUUUUUCAUGGUUAUAAUAAUCUUUGACAUUCCUUUACAUAAUGUAACUCAAAAGGUACAGUACAUCUUUUUUUUUUAAAAAAAGUCUUCCUUUCAUCUGUGAGUACCCACACCAUAAUCAAACAUAAUUCUUUUGAAUGUUUAUACUUAUUUGAGUUUGAGUGGGAGGGGGAAGGGGGUGGGCACUUAUUGGAGGCCGGGUGCUCAAGAACUUUUUCUGCGUUUAGGGUGGGCAGUUAUUAGAGCUGGGCAUUUAUUUAAAUAAAUAUGGUAUGCCACUUAUGCUUUUAUGUAAUGUUUAUGGUGUAGUUAUUACUUUGCAGGCUCUACCAAUGCCAAAUCCAAGCUCAAAAUCAUACAGUUUAGUAUAGAUACAAGUGGAAGGGUAAGUUCAUUAGCUUAGUCUGCCAUCAAUCCAAUACAGAACUCUUACUUAAACAAGUUUGAGUUCCCCAGUGUAAGUUACAGACCAAGUUUUUUACUAUUGAUUUACUGCGCAAGUGUGUAGCACGUAGGCCAUAUAUUAAGGAUCUGAAACUUAAUGUACAGACAGAGAAACUAGGUACUAUAUAGAUGUAUAUUACCUUAUUGGUAGUAUAUUUCGCGCUUUUGGCAAGACAGUAUUUUACAGGAUUUUAUUUUUGCUAUUUCAUUCACUUUUUGAAAGAUCAAGAUAAAAUGAAACAGGCAAAACACAUAUUAAUGUUAUUUCACAACAGAACACGUUGUCCAGAGUAAGAGAAAAAGUUUCUUAUCCACUUGUCCUUUAGACAAGCACUACAUUAAAUUCAGUUGUCCGAAAACCCAAGAGUUCUUGUCCAAAAAGUUUUGCUCAAAACUCGGGUAUUUAUUGAUCUUCUCUUGAUUGACUUAAUUCUUUGCUAGCAUCCAAGAUUUUUUCUUUUCUCGGUUGCUUUGAAAGAAAAACUAAUAGUGAAGACUGUAAUUUUCGGACUUUUUGUGAUUCCUCCAUUAUCGACUUGAAUUUUUAGCUUGGGAAUGAGUUAUGUCUUAACAGAAGUAAUUCUAAGGUAGUUUGAAUUUGUAUAGCACACUCAGGUAAUACUUCUUUGUGUAUUCUUUGUCACAUCCUUUAGAUUUGUGAUCAUGUGACAGAAUAUCAAAUGAGAGUGCCCCUGUCAGAAUCAUUUCCAUUUAUGGAAUAUCUUGUGAGAUGUGGUUGGCUGCCAGAUGGGGAAAGGUAUACUAAGCUUCACUGUUAUCACUCAUUUCCCUGUAAAGGGAUAGGGUGCCAGUUUUUUAAAAUUCUCAGUCUAGCCUUUCAGGGAGAGGCCAUAUUGUAAAAUCAAAAUCUUUGGAACAAUUUGUGGUUUAAUGAUAAUAAUAAUUAUAAUAAUAAUAAUUAUAAUAAUAAUAAUAAUAAUAAUAAUAAUAAUAAUAAUAAUAGUGAAAUUCUUCUAGAGCACAGUUCCAUAAUCUCAGCAUGCUUUACAAACGUAAGAAAUAAAAUAUAAGAAAUAUAAUUAAAGAAACUAAUUUGUAAUUGAUUAAAUAAAAAUGUUUUGAGCUUUCUUGUAAAGAGAAAAAAAUGUUUGGACGUUUUUAAUUUCUGCUGGUAAGGAAUUUCUACCAAUGACAGACCCCUGGAAGCAGAACAAAGAUUUCAGUUGGGGGUGAUGAACCUGUGCUAGAUCACAAAUGUAGGACAGGGCCAUUCCGUUCAUUGCUUUGUAGGUUUUGGUUAGAAUCUUAAAUUCAAUCCUUUUGGUAACAAGAAGCCAAUGUAGGUUACGCAAUACCAGAGAAAUGUGCUGAAAUUUUUUAGUCUUUGUAGUAAUUCCGUAUGGCCUAACCCCAUAACAGUCCAUUUCUUUCAUUGACUUGGAGUUUUGUUGCUGGCAGCAUUAGUUUCAAAACCAUUUAAACUGUUUUGUUUUGCUUGAUUCUCAGUGUGUAUGCUGAGAUCCUUGAUAGAAAUCAACAGCAUCUUGUGUUGGUUCAAAUCCCUGUGGCAUUCUUUGUUCCUGUCAAUCUUCCAGCCAAUCAGCUCCUUACAAUCACAGAAGGCAGCCCGAUGAUUGAGGUCUUAGCUGAAGAAUCAAAUGAUAUUUGGAUAAAUGUGAGUAUUUGAAGACCUCCAUGGCCACAUGCAUAGUGAAGAUUAGCCUACGUCACAAGUCAAGCACCAUGUAAAUCAAACCAAUAGUUGGUUUGCAAGUAUUAUAGACCAAAUUGAAUUGAUACAGCACAUGAAGAUUGUGCCAUAUUGGAUGUGUGCCUUCUUAUCUUGAAAAUUUAUGUUGGUUUUGUCAACUCUUUUCUUAAAGAGGUACAUAGCUAGUGUAGGUAGAUUGGGGGGUUUAUUGAAGGUUAUAAGUAUGCUUUAACUUUUCGUUAUAGGUGGCAGACAUUAUUCACUUUUUGCACAAAAGUGAUUCAAGACUGCAAUUUAUCUGGUCAAGCGAGAUAUCAGGAUUUCGUCAUCUUUACCUGGCAACUGCAAACAGUAACCACACCCUCACACGAAGGAGAGCUGGAAGCUUUAUUGCUGAGUGCUGCAUUCAUUAUCCUCUUGUAACACAGCAGCAGUUAACAGAUGGAGACUGGGAAGUGGAUUGUAAAGAGGCAAGUAAAUGUUAUUUUUCAUUCGUGAUUUUUUUUAUAAUCAUCGCAAAGAACUGCUGUUCUAGCAUGUAAUAGACAGGAGUAAAACAUUUAGGUCACGUACUUUUGAUACAACGUCUUUAUGCAUAAGUGCAGUGUGUCUGUAGGCCACUAAAAUCUUUUAACUUGCAGUUUUUAUGCAGUGAGGUUCUCUUAUUAUUAUUGUAUGACAAUUAUUAUUUUCACUCAUUUACACUCAUUAAUGUAAGAUAAAAUUUAUAUUGUAAUUUCUUCUUAGAUUUGGGUUGAUGAAAAUCGUCAACUUAUUUACUUUAUGGCCACGAAAGACACGCCACUGGAGCAACAUCUGUAAGUAACCUGAUUGUCGUCUAUUCUAGCUGUUAAUGCAGUCCAAUAAGCCCCUGUAGCUACAUCUCUAAAUAUUAUAAGCCCCUCUCCAAACCUUGUUAAUACAACUGGAUUCUCAUGGACGGACCAUGGGUCUACAGUUUAAGCUGCCAUGACAAUAAUUUGGUCUCACUGUACGUCAUUAGUCUCUCUGCACAUUGCAGAUUCUCUUUCCUUGGAUUCUUUAAUGCCAAUAAUUUUUAACUCUUAACUCAAAACAGAUAUUAUAACUUAAAGUAAUACUUUUUUGUGUAUUAGGUAUGUCGUAUCUUAUGCAGAGCACAACUAUGGAGAACCUCAGCGGCUUACACAAGGUGGCUACUCACAUGCAGUCACUCUAAAUGAGGUAAAGAAAUAAAUACAGAUUACACAACUACCAAUAAAGCUUCCAGGAGGUAUAUUCUGAGAAAGCAGAAAGUCAAGACAAAGAAGUCUCUCUGCCUUUGUAAACGAUCAUUAUUCAUUUCCGAUAUAUUAAAAAUUCUUACUUGGAUCUGAGGCUUGGGGGAACAAAACAAAAGAAAUCAUCUUGAAGCAAUGAAUAAUACAUUUCUUUUGCUUUAUUCCCCCAAGCCUCGGAGCUAAGUAUGAAUUUAAAUAUAUUGAAAAUGGUCUAUUAGGGGGUGUUUUGGUGAAAGCACCUGCCUCCCAACAGUGUGGCUGGGGUUCAAAUCCCAGCAUCAAUGCCAAUAUGUGGGUUGAGUAUUUUUUGGUUUUCUCCCCUGCUCCAAGAGGUUUUUCUCUGGGUUCUCCACUUUUCCCCUCUCCAAGACUUCCAAAUUCCAUUUAUUCUGGAAUGCAUAGCUACAUUUUAAAGGAACUCAUAAGUGUUUCAGUAUCUUAUGCAGAGCACAACUAUGGAGAACCUCAGCGGCUUACACAAGGUGGCUACUCACAUGCAGUCACUCUAAAUGAGGUAAAGAAAUAAAUACAGAUGACACAGCUACUAAUAAAGCUUCCAGCAGGUAUUCUGAGAAAGAAGAAAGUCAAGACAAAGAAGUCUCUCUGCCUUUGUAAACGAUCAUUAUUCAUUUCCGAUAUAUCAAAAUUCUUACUUGGAUCUGAGGCUUGGGGGAAUAAAACAAAAGAAAUCAUCUUGAAGCAAUGAAUAAUACAUUUCUUUUGCUUUAUUCCCCCAGCCUCGGAGCUAAGUAUGAAUUUAAAUAUAUUGAAAAUGGUCUAUCAGGGGUUUUUUUGUUGAAAGCACCUGCCUCCCAACAGUGUGGCUGGGGUUCAAAUCCCAGCAUCAACGCCAAUAUGUGGGUUGAGUAUUUUUGGGUUUUCUCCCCUGCUCCAAGAGGUUUUUCUCUGGGUUCUCCACUUUUCCCCUCUCCAAGACUUCCAAAUUCCAUUUAUUCUGGAAUGCAUAGCUACAUUUUAAAGGAACUCAUAAGUGUUUCAUAGGUAAACAAAUAAUUGCAAUUUUAUAUUAAAAAAUAAUUAAAUAAUAAAAUUUACAAUGAGAUUUACGUUGUAGAACCAAUUAAAAUGUAAUAUGUGCUUUCUCUGCAUGGCUGUCCCACACAUUUGGAUAACAAAUCUUUUCAAACCUUUCUUGGUGCCAUACAGUUGAAGUUUGUUUGCUACAUAUGAAACCAGGCCUUAGCAAACUUGCCCCUUUUGUUAACUUAGAAUUUGUAUUUUUUUUUACAUUUCAGAAUUUUACAAAAUUUGUAACAGUGUUUUCUUCUAUCCAACAAACCCAAGCAGUGAUGGUUUAUCAAAUAAACCAUGAUGAGGUGGAGAUGAAUAAUAUUCCUAUUAUUACAGUUGAACCACUAGCUGAAGUGUUGAGAUCAAAUGGUAAGCAAAUUCUGCAGUACAAUGGAUGCAUCAGCUAUUAACAUAUACUUAUUUUGUAUAAAAUUAAUAUAAUGUGCAUUGUGUUGGAAAAACAUUGAGAAACAUUAUAUUUAAUAAGUAUCACAUCAAAAGGUGUGCUUGAAUGACCUAACUCAUUACGAGUGGUCAGAGCCCUGAUCAGUAUUGGGGCUGUGUUGGAUUCAUAUUGCCCAUGUACUCUUACUUUCUCUCUUGAUUGGGACAUUUGUUGAUUUGUUGUUUACAGUCAUUCCAGAUUAUCAGCCACCUGAGCUAUUUUCCUACAGCAGUAAGCAUGGUAAGUUUUACUGUCUUAAAUCAAGUGUUAAGUAAUCAACUUAUUUUAUGGAAGGAAGCUGUUAUACUGGGUGUAGACUAUGUAACUAGUGAAGCUGAGGUACUGAUCAGCAUGAGAAUCUCCCCCCAAAAAAACUAGUUAUGAUCUGCAGACUGUUCACAGUCCCCUAUUUUUCUGUAAGACUGUCGAAAUCAAGUGCUUACCAGUAUGGGCGGCCAUCUUGGUUUCAUAUGUACCAAAGGGACAGGGGUCGGGGUCUGUAGUGGUUGGGGGAGGGAGGCCUUCUCCCAAACCCUCCCCCAUGCCUUACUUACAUUUUAACAUCAUCCCCAGUCUAGACUCAGUACAUUUAAAAUCAAGCUGUCGGCGGUAACACAAAGCACUCAAUCACGACAGUCUUACGGAAAAUAGGGGACUGUAAACAGUCUAGCUCAUAAUUUUGUUCUGCCAAAGCCAACAAUAAAUUAAUUACAGUUAUGUUUUGCUUUUAAGGUCAUCAAGUGUAUGGUAUGAUGUUUAAACCCCCCAAUAUUGAGCCUGGAGUCAAGUAUCCAACAAUGCUGUUUUUAUAUGGUGGACCACAUGUACAGGUAAGUCAAGAAGGGAAAAUUGUAAUGGUUAAUAACCUACUCAUACCUCAUUCCUUGGGAAACUUUAUUUUUCUUUGGUAAAUGAACUAAUGUAAUAUAUUUACUGGCAGCUGGUGACCAAUUCGCACAAGGGGUUUCGCUUUCUUCGCCUGCACACCAUAGCUAAACUUGGUUAUGUUGUGGUGGUAAUGGACUGCAGGGGUUCUGGGCACAGAGGCCUUCAAUUUGAGGGACAUAUUAAGAAUCGGCUGGUAAGUGAGACAAUGGGCAGCUAUAAUGCUAAGUUGCUGAAUUGUUUUUUUGUGAGUAGUCAGGCUAGCUAUAAGCAAUUAUUAUGAUUUGCAAAAUUUUUUGAAAUUACUAAUGAUAUCAAACACAGACUACAAUGUUUGGGUUGCACAGCAGUUUAUUGACCGCAAGAUCAGAUUUAAGAUCAAUAGACUAAACCACUUUGGGUGGAGUGACCGGGUAAACAUUGACUAGCUACAAACUGGCUGAAAGGCUGAGCUAUCUGAAGGCAACUAUUACAGACAGCUAAGGGGCGUAUUGUGUCCCCUGUCUCCCCAUGCUCCACAAUCCGUGGCAGGGAAGUGCAACCCCUGGCUGCACUUCACCCUAUAGUAAGGCUUAGCCCUUGGAGACAGGUCCGGAAAAAUAUCCACUCCAGGGUGUAGACCCCCGGUUCCACCUGGUCUGUACCCCUAGUUCCUAGUGACUGGGGGAUGUGGACUCCUGUCCAGGGUGGCUACCCCCGGUACCACUCGAUCUUGUCUCCCCCCAGGAGGGCUUCUCUCCUGGUCCCCUUACCCCUAGAUUUAAGCACUUCCCUGCCACCAGAAAUUUGCAAAUUGGUUCGUCUUGAAUGGAAUGAAAAAUGCUCUAAUUAUGCCUCAUUCUUGAGAUUGUGUUGUUCAUUUGAAUUUCAGGGUCAAGUUGAGAUUGAAGAACAAGUUGAGGGGUUGGAAUAUGUUGCCAAGGCAACUGACUUUGUAGACUUGUCUAGAAUUGCCAUCCAUGGUUGGUCAUAUGGUAUACAUUGUUUCUUAACCACUUUUCCUAUUAUUUUUGCCUGUGUACAUGUAUUAAUUCAAACUACUAAAUUAUUCAUUAAAAUAUUAAAAACGUUAACGCUUCAUUCAUUGUUUUUUAUUCAGGAGGAUACUUGUCCUUACUUGGUUUAGUGCAACGUCCUGACAUAUUCAAGGUAAGAAUUAUCAGCUCCUUUAAUUGGACAAUCUGGACAAAUGUCAAAAUUUUUAGCAUUUUUUUCAGCAGUUUUACUUUUGAAUCUCAUCAAGUUUUUACUCGAUCCUUGUAGAUGAGUCCUUGGUGCAGUGAAUAGUUUCCUUUCUUUUUUUUUUUUUUGAUGAUUCAGAUAUUGAGAUUCACAGAGGCUAUUUUUAUCUUAGAAAGAAACAGAAUCCUGCAGUAAGCUUACAUUGUCUUUUUUGCAGGUAGCCAUUGUUGGUGCACCAGUGACAACAUGGGAAUCUUACGAUACUGGCUACACUGAACGAUACAUGAGCACACCGGCAGAAAACCCAUUAGGGUACAAAAUGAGCUCGGUGUUAAACUAUGCAAGCAGAUUCCCAGAUGAGUAAGUUAAGCUCUGGAUUGAACAAGUAGUUACUGUGAUGAUAGGAAUAAGAGAAAACAUUUAUUAUUCAACAGUCAACAGAACAAAAUUCAUGAUUGAGAAAUUAUUAGCAACACAGGCUAGUCUCUCCACAGGGUUACCAGCCUCUGUGUUGUGAAUUGGAGCUCAAAAUGCACUUUUCAGGCUCCCCAAAAAUGAAACUUCCUCGCUUUAUACCUAGCCCCACACUCGCUGCGCUCAGUGGAAGACUAUCCAUAUUUUUUUCUCUCCCGUCUACUGGACAAUUUCUGAUGACUUGCUAACUUUGAGUCUGGACGAAUCCCGAUGGUUUUACCACAAUUUCAAAGAAAACUUCUUGGCACAGUUAGUUAGUACGCAGCCUUCUGCGUCAUGGCAGAUUCAGAGCUCGAUUCCCAGGUGCGGCCUCAGAUUCUUGUUUCGACGCCUUUACCCUUUCUAGAGUGACGCUUUGCAUAGUAAUAUUUGCCUUCUGUGAGAUCGUUAUAAAGGCAAAUGGCCAAAUACCGUACUUUAGAGAAUUUACCCGGAACGGAGGAGGGGGCGGGGGAACUUGUCUGACUAUAGGAAGGCGCGCGCGGGGGGGUGGGGAUGGGCAACGCAUUAUUAUUUGAGAGUUGGUUUCAUAGGGUGCUGAAUAUUCUGCACGUGGGCUUAAAACGAUGAAGGAUUUUGUAGCUUAAUUUGUCUUUCUUGAUCUUCAGGGAGAACAGGCUUCUUCUUGUCCAUGGUUUAAUUGAUGAGAAUGUUCACUUCUACCACUCAAGUUUACUCAUUAGUGAGCUGAUUAAGGCCUGCAAGCCAUAUCAGCUUCUGGUAAGUGCGGUCAAACAUGCUCAUUCCGCGACCAGUUAGGUUAUCUAUGAUGUAGAGAAGCGGAAUAAGCAAAAUUUUAAGCAGUAGCUCCAGUGCAUUGUAGGUUUAAAAGGGGCCACAUAACUAUUGGUGAUCCAGUAUUUUACAUCGUGGACCACAAAUAAGGAGGGAAAUCAGUUGGCUGUUUACAAGUAUGACCGAGGAGUUGUACUUGCGACCUGCCGAGAAUAAAGCUAACUAGCUGGUGACCGUAGCGGGAUUUGAACGUGGGCGAUCAAGAUAAAAUGCAGCCCUUAAAGCCAAUCGGUCAUACUGGCUCCGUUUGAAACGUAGGACACGUAUUAAUACUGGAUUUCUAGCUUCUCACUAAGACCACUAGAUACAAUAGUCACUAUAAUUAUCUGCUAUAUCUCUUCCCAGAUCUACCCCAGUGAAAGACAUGGAAUACGCCAGUCGGUUUCUUCAGAGCACUACGAGACGAUGCUGCUCUCCUUUCUACAAAAGAAUCUUUAAAAGAGAGUUAAAACUACCAUAAAUUAUCUUAAAAUAACUGUAUAGACUGUAUGAAAUACCUUAAAAGAUAUAAUGUAAAGUUUUGAAGUUCUGGGUUUUCGGGGUUUAGGUAGACUUAUGCUUAGUGUAAAUUUUUAUUUUAGCUUAGAUUUGCAAGCACGUGUGCAAUCCCGAUUUUUCGAACCAAAACUUUCCCUUAAUUUCCCCGGCCAAACAACGUAAUUUUAUCCUUGAGUUUUAAUUUCAAACUUCAGGUUUUUCAAACCUUGAACUGUCUUGCCAUGCAUGUGGUAAGCCUUUUGAAAACCAUAAUACAGCUACAGCAAAAUAAGUUAUAAACCAAAUUGCAUAAUUAUGGCAAAAUAACAAUCAUAACGUUCCAAAGGAUAAGUGCUGUUGAGAAACAUCCAUUUGUAAGAGAUCGCACACAAUUUCUGUGGAUGGAUGUCAAAAGUUAGAAACGUAAGCAAGUACUUCCAACACCACUUUGCACAUAGCAUAAUAAAUCAAACCAAGGGAAAGGAAAACCCAGCAGUUUGCAUUCGAAUGAUUCGCCAUUAAAUGGCAGUUUUGAUUCUGUUUGUAAAAUGGCAUUUAUUUUUUGACCAGAAUUAAUUAAUAGUUUCAAAACGCCAGUAACUGAUGCAUAUUCAAUGGUAGUGAAUGAAUACUCGCUGAGAAAAGGCCUCCCAAUUUAUGACAGAUUUUACUCAAUUUGCUGAAUAUUUUGUAGCGGACAAAUGAUGGCGUAAUUCUUGCGAAAAGCCAAAUUGAAAGACAAAAAAGAAAUUAUUUAUUUACGCAACCCUCGAUUUGGCUUUCUUAGUGAUGUUAAAAUUAAAAAAAAAAAUAGAAAGCGUUCUGCACGGCCGCUCCGCUGUAUCUUGUGAUUUAGCAGUUCUUUCAUGAUCUCCUUUUAUUAAGUUGUUACCCAUUUAAAGAACAAACGUCUUCAGUUGCUGCACUUAGGACAAUAUAGCUGCUAUAUAUUAAAUGAGACUGCUAUAUUUUUGCUGCCUUUAUCGUGUUUCACAUUCUUGAAAAUAAUAAAUUAAAAACAUUUUCGUUGUCCUGACAUCAAAACAGAGCUCCAAUUACAAUAAUACCAAAAAAACGAAUACACUCUCCUUUUCAAGAUUUACCCCCCCAAAAAGAAUGGUGUCUCGGUAUUGAGUCUUAAAUGCGUUCACUAGGACAUUAAAAUCCUCGGCAGAAUAGGUUUGUUAUCCAUACCGAUAUCUAAUAACGCAGUGAGUGACGUAAC